AUGGCUCUUGAAGUUUCAAGUGAAUACGGAUAUAUGAUUAUUACCGGUGUCGCUUCAAUAUUCUUAACGACAUAUCUCGGUUUUCAAGUGCGUGGAUAUCAUAAAAAAGCAGGUGUUACUUAUCCUUAUACUCUACACGUGAUGAACUCACUGUUCUUUAAUAAAGUGUACGCAACCAAAGAAGAAGCGGAGAAGGAUCGCAGCAAGUUUAUUUUCAAUUGUUAUCAAAGAGCUCAUCAAAACACUCUUGAAAAUCUUCCUCAAUUCCUCUUUACUCUCGAAGCUGGUGGUUUAAAGCAUCCCAUUAUCGCUUCUGUGGGAGGUGGUAUUUGGAUAUUGGCGAUCAACAUUAAUAGGUCGAUUGGUUUACGCAAGACUGGCGGACCUGAGAAAAUAAGACGAGGAGCCUUUUCUUAUCUUGGCCUUUUCGCAUUGUGGGGUGCUACCAUUUCUACUUCCAUUAGUUUGUUAAAACAAUAA